UACACUUGAGUGUCUUGGUGGACCUGAGUCAGUGUAGUAUAAGUGAAAGAAAAUAUUCUAAUCAAGGAGGGUGCCAGCAGCACCAGGAGAGAGGGUCCACUGUCAGAUUUUCCAUCAAACUUCGUUCAUUUGUGCAUGUAACUUCAAAUGCUGAGACUUUAUCUGAAAGUAAAACCCACCCCUCCAGACUGUGACAAACUAUCUGUUGUUACAGUAGUAAAUCAGCUAGCUCACAUAACUCUUUGGGGUUCUUCAAAGUAAGUUUAGACCCUACAUUUUAAAAUAUUGGGAAGAAAACUCCAUUUAUAAUGACCCUUCAGAAGCCUGAAAUAGUUUCCCUGCCAAACCUUCUUUCUCUGUUGUAUGAACACUUUAUUAUUGUAAGAUCGCUGAUGACUGUGCACCUUGAGUCUUAUUAAAUCAAAAAAUACGUGACUUUGCAAACAAAUGAAAGGAUAGUUUAAAAAUUAGGGCUGCCAACCUUGACUUAGGUCUUUUAACUAAUGACUAGAGGUUUGUUUUUUUUCUUUUUUUCCCCAUUUUCUCAGAAUGGCUGCCCUUUGCCUACGGAAAUUAAUACAUCAAGCCACAAGGAAUGAAACUGGUUGCCUAAGUAAAUACUUGGACGUUCUUUUGGUGCGAACCAUGCAAAAGACAACAUUCUCUCAAGCACUGAUGGUGAUGGCUGGUGCUAAAAGGAGACUUAUGUUUGUACCUACAAAAUCAUUUUGUACAACUGAAGAAGCUGAAAAGAAACCAGAAGGAAAGAAAAAAAAACCAAAUGGCCAAAAAACAUUUGGAAGCAUUGGGAGGAAAAUUCCUCAGCGGAUCCUUCAUGUAAUUAGUGAAAAUGGGGGCAGCUUAGGAAAUAUGCACAGAGGAGAUGUGAUUCGACUCAUGAAUGAGCGUGAUCUGAAGCUUGUUCCACUGCGUGAAAAUGAAGAGCCUCCAGUGUACAGACUAAUGACUGGGAAGCAGAUUCAUGAAGAGCAGCUCAAACGUAGAGAGAAGCAAAAAGCAAGUUCAAAAGCUGGGCCUGUUCAGCUGAAGGAGUUAACUUUUUCUGCAACUAUUGCAAAACAUGACUUAGAGACCAAAAUUAGACAGAUUCAGCAGUGGAUUGAUAAGAAGCAUCAUGUCCGGAUUUCUGUACAGCAAAGAGAUGUUGCAGAUGGACCAGAAAAGAUGCUGGCGCUCUUUGAUCAGAUUGUCGAGACUAUGCCUGAGAAAGCUACUUACUUAUCCCAGCCAAGAGUCAUUAAAGGAGGAAAGAGCACAUGUGUUUUGAGACACAUGUCAGACAAAGAAGCUAGUGCGUACAGGAAAAUGGAAAAAGAAAAACAGACAGACAUUCUGAAAAAGGAGAGUGGAAAUGAAACUACUGAACCAAGUGAACUGCAAUGAUUUUAAUCAAAUACUUGAAGUGACUAUAAAACAAAAUAUUCAGUUUUCUACAUAAACCAUUAUAAACUGACCCAUGUGAUAAUAAAGCAAUUGUCAAUUCUG